AUGGCUGCAGCAAGCGUGUUUAGGAACUGCUGCCGCGGUGUGGGACAGCGGCUCUUUGUUCGCCAUAUUAGAUUGUAUAGCAGCCUGCAUUUGCUAACAGCAAAGUACACAUUGGGACUUGAUAAGUCUAAGUGGAAGGAUCAACAUCAGCAUCGAUCAAUCAUAACAACUGUUGUUUCACUUGGCCAGAUUGUCCAGUUCAAGCUCUCUGACAUUGGAGAAGGAAUCACUGAAGUGACUGUGAAAGAAUGGUAUGUAAAAGAAGGUGACAUCGUAUCUCAGUUUGAUAGCAUCUGUGAGGUACAAAGUGACAAGGCCUCAGUUACAAUCACCAGUCGUUACGAUGGCAUCAUUAAAAAACUCCAUUAUAACUUAGACGACAUUGCCUAUGUGGGGAGACCUUUGGUGGACAUAGAAACAAAUGCCUUAAAAGAUGUAGCUUCUGAUGAGGAUGUGGUAGAGACACCUGCUGUGUCCCACGAAGAACAGACACACCAGGAGAUUAAAGGCCACAAAACCUUGGCAACCCCAGCUGUUCGCCGCCUUGCCAUGGAAAACAAUAUUAAACUGAGCGAAGUUGUGGGGACAGGGAAAGAUAAUCGCAUCCUCAAAGAAGACAUUCUUAAUUAUUUGGCCAAGCAGACAGGAGCUAUUUUACCUCUGUCACCCAAACCUGAAAUGAUCCUACCUUUGCCAAAAACUGACCCUGCGCAUGACAAGUUGGAAGGAAAGACAUCUAAGAUUCCAGCACCCAUUUCCAUACCCAUGGGCAUUUCAGGGGAAGAUAAAACAGAGGUCUUAUCAGGGUUCCACAAGGCAAUGGUGAAGACCAUGACUACUGCGUUGAAAAUUCCUCACUUUGGUUAUUGCGAUGAGGUUGAUCUAACACAACUCUUCAAGCUGAAGGAAGAGUUGAAAUCAGUAGCCCAAGCACGGGGAGUUAAACUCUCUUUCAUGCCCUUCUUUAUAAAGGCAGCUUCUUUGGGUUUAUUACAGUACCCUAUUCUUAAUGCUUCAUUGGAUGAAAACUGUCAAAACAUCACCUACAAGGCUUCUCAUAACAUUGGAAUUGCUAUGGAUACAGAACAAGGAUUGGUUGUGCCUAAUGUAAAAAAUGUUCAGCUCCGUAGCGUGUUUGAAAUUGCUUCAGAAUUAAACCGCCUACAGAAAUUGGGAUACACGAACCAGUUGGGAACGAAUGACCUCACAGGGGGAACUUUCACACUCUCUAAUAUUGGCACAAUUGGUGGUACCUAUGCCAAAGCAGUGAUACUACCUCCCGAAGUAGCCAUCGGAGCUCUUGGAAGAGUUCAGGUCCUUCCUCGAUUUAACUGUGAAGGUGAAGUGUUUAAAGCACAGAUAAUGAAUGUGAGUUGGUCCGCUGAUCACAGGAUUAUUGACGGUGCAACCAUGGCCCGGUUUUCUAACUUGUGGAAGUCUUACUUAGAGAAUCCCUCUUCCAUGCUGCUGGAUCUUAAGUAA